UGUGUCGCUCACGCGGUAUCCGCCUACUUUUACAGUUACAGUGUCGACUUGAGAGUCGAACUAAUUGAACGAGAAGGGAAUACAUUUGGAGAUUUGAAAGGGCCGAAUGGGAAGCCUACCAGAUACCAGUGUCCUGACCGGACAGUUGGAGAACACCCUAAUAUCUUACCAUAGCAUUGGAGAUUGCAAGUGGAGGGUGGCAAAAAAAUCGAAAGAUGUAACAGUAUGGAGAAAGCCAUCAGAGGAAUUCAAUGGAUUUCUGUAUAAAACCCAAGGUAUUGUAAAGGGCACUCCAAAAAGAAUUGUUGAUUAUAUUCGGCCUGGACCAUUUCGAUUGGACUGGGAUAGUUUGAUGACUUCAAUGGACAUUGUAAAAACAUUUGAUAAGCGGGAGUGUUGUGUGAUGCGAUAUACAACAGCCGGACAGCUAUGGAACAUCAUCGCUCCCAGAGAGUUCAUUGACUUUUCUUACACUACAGACUACCAAGAUGGCCUUCUGUCCUGUGGCAUCAGUGUGGAACAUGGCGAACAACAGCAGAGCUUCGUCAGGGGCUUCAAUCACCCGUGUGGCUGGUUCUGCGUGCCUGACGACACAAGCCCGGGCCAGAGUCUGCUGACGGGCUACAUCCAGACUGAUCUGCGAGGGAUGCUCCCCAAGUCUGCAGUGGACACUGCCAUGGCCAGCACCCUGGUCAACUUCUUCACAGACCUGCGACAGGCACUGAUGUGAUCCCCGAGCCCCCACCAUUCCUUCAGUUACCAUCACAGCUGUAGCAAUAUUUAACUCAGGGUUGUUUUGAACAAACAUAGACAGUUACCUUUCCUUAACAGUAGUCCAUUUCUUUAUGGAUGUGUGCAUCCUGUUGCACUGUUGAAUGUUAACGGUUAGCUCAGUGCAAUGUAUCAUUAUUAUUAUGAAUCAUAAUAAUAAUAAUAACAACAAUAAUAAUAAUAUCAUCAUCAGCAUCACCAUAAUUAAUGCUUUUCUUUAUUUGAUUGCCAGGUGCUCUGCUCAAAGGGCACCUUACAAAGCAUGGCAUUUUUGAGACAAAAUUACAUUAAAAAUGUAUACUACAAAGAAUUAUGCCAAAAAAUAUAAACUGAUGGAAUACCAUGUGAUUACUAUUUUAAGAAAUAUCACAGAAAUGAAAACUGUAGUUAAGACCUAGUAUGCAAUCAGAUUUUCUUGAUAGAAAAUAAAGUUUCUGACAAUGAUAUUGGAAAGAUAGUGUAUGCACUAGCCUAUCCAAUGAUUUAUUCAAAUUCAUUGAUGCUAAUUUGAGGGUCACUGUGUAAGGAGUUCUGCGUUUUAGUUUUUUAGCUUUAACGUGAAUAUUGUAUAGGAUAUUUUCUUUCAGUAUUAUAUAUAAUUGCAUAUAUCAUUUUGAAACUUACCUCCAUAGAUUAUAUUUAUUGAACGCAUGAUUUUAAAUGUUUUAAUCAUUAUAUGUUGUGAUAAACCCAUACAGCCAGCAUGAAUGUAACAGGGAAUGUAACCAAAGUGUAGAGUCAAAAAACAAUGUGUGCCGAUGUCAUACCUAUAGUAAGCUGCUGUUUCAGUGCACUUCUUAGCUAUAAAUGUGACCAUGAAUCUAUAGUACUGUAUGUAAUCCAGUAGGAACAGUCAGAAGACCUGCAAGGAUGCUUGUCCUAAAUUUCCACGAAAUCAACCUGUCUAAAAUUCAGUUUAUUCAGAAUUAUUGAGGAUAUAGUCAAAUAAGUGCUAUGCAAAUCAAGCUAAUCAAAAAUGAAACUCCUCGUUUAAAUGUAGAAGCAGACAUAUUCUGGGAUAGCAUUUGCCCUCUAUGACAAUGAGUUUAGUAAGCUUACUACUACAACUAUGACUACUACUAUUCCUACUAGGUUAGUUUAUUCUUUUGGCAUUUAAGCUUAUCCACUUACCAAGCUGUCAUUGCAUGAUGUUGUAGAGCAUAGUAUAAGAAGGUCAGGUCAGCAUUUCAAACUUGAACAAGAUCCUCUUUUAAGCAGGAUGACAGGAGCCUGUAAAUCACUUUUAUGUACUUCUUGAACAAUAUUUAUUAUUUAGUUAAUCGAUGAAUAAAAAAAUCACUUAAUUCUGCCAAAUUUCAUUAAAAAUGACUAAUACAAUUUGUGAAGAAAGGUGCAUUUCUUAAUGCUAUAAGCAUAUUUUCUAUUUUGACUUGAAUACAUUAAUGUCUUUUGUUCCAGUGGUCCAAACUGUAGUCUUUAUGUAAAGGGUUCUGUACAGUAUAUUAAAAUUUAAAAGGGAAAAAUGUUUAUUAUAUUUUCCUCUGUGUUUUUUGUUUUGAUGUAUUUGAAACAUUCCUAUUAAAUGCAUUUUCUUUGGGUCGGCCA